AUGGCUCCCCCAGCUGUGUUGAUGGUAGGAACAGGCGAGUACACGACCGGCUACGUCGGUGGUACAGCCUCGACCUCCGACAAGAAAGUGGGUGUCGUGGGCCUAACGCUCUUCGACUUGCGUCGUCGCGGCAAAGUUGGCGAUUUGAGCAUGAAGAAUAUCUCCGAAGUCUACAACGGCCUUGAUGUCUCCUUCACCUCCUUUCCCGCCGACAACACCUCCGACCCAGAAGCCUACAAAGCUGCCAUUGACGCCCUUCCCGCCGGCUCUGCAAUCACCAUUUUCACACCCGACCCCACCCAUUACCCUAUCGCUCUGUACGCCAUUCAGCGCAAGAUCCACGUUCUCAUCACUAAGCCCGCGACCAAGCUCCUCUCUGACCACCUCGAUUUGCUCGCUGAGUCUCGCAAGCACAAUGUAGUUGUGUACAUUGAACACCACAAGCGCUUCGACCCGGCCUACAGUGACGCCCGCGCUAAGGCUGCCAAGCUUGGUGACUUCAACUACUUUUACAGCUACAUGAGUCAGCCCAAGAGCCAGCUGGAGACGUUCAAGGCCUGGGCUGGUAAGGACUCGGAUAUCUCUUAUUAUUUGAACAGCCACCACGUGGAUGUUAAUGAGAGCAUGGUGCCGGACUAUGUCCCCGUGAAGGUGACGGCUAGUGCAGCGACGGGAACUGCUGUCGAGCUGGGCUGUGCCCAUGAGACGGAGGACACGAUUACUCUACUUGUGGAAUGGAAGAAGAAGGAUGGAUCAAGAAUGGCUACGGGUGUUUACACAUCUAGUUGGACCGCACCACAGAGGGCCGGUGUACACUCUAACCAGUACUUCCAUUAUAUGGGCUCGAAGGGUGAAAUCCGUGUCAAUCAGGCGAAGCGUGGCUAUGAUGUUGCCGAGGAUGAGGCUGGAUUGUCUUGGAUUAACCCGUUCUAUAUGAAGUACGCACCAGACGAGGAGGGUAACUUCGGUGGUCAGACGGGCUACGGAUACAUCAGUUUCGAGAAGUUCAUUGAUGCCGUUACGGCUGUUAAUGAGGGGCGGUUGACGCUCGAUCAGCUGGAUGCCAGGCCGAUCCCGACGCUGAAGAACACUAUUGCCACGACGGCAAUCCUGCAUGCAGGACGCAUUUCCUUGGAUGAGAAGCGGUCGGUGGAGAUCGUGACCGAGGAUGGAAAGUGGGAGCUGAAGUAG